GCGCAGCGCCUCCCGCCGCCGCCGCAGCCCGGAGGAGCCCCGCAGCCCCGGCAUGGAGCGCCCGCUCAACCUCAGCUGCCUCGCCGAUACGACGCCGGACAGCGGCAACAGGAGCGGGUCCUCCGCCGGCCCCGAGGGCGGCCAGGCCCAGCUCUCCGUCUUCAGCGUGUUGGUUCUCACCCUGUUGGUCAUGCUGGUGGUGGCCACGUUCCUCUGGAACGGGCUGGUCCUGGCCACCAUCCUCCGCGUGCGCAGUUUCCACCGGGUGCCCCACAACCUGGUGGCCUCCAUGGCUGUCUCUGACGUGAUGGUGGCAGCCCUCGUCAUGCCCCUCAGCUUGGUGCACGAGUUGUCCGGGCGGCGGUGGCGGCUGGGCCGGUCGCUCUGCCAGGUGUGGAUCUCCUUCGAUGUGCUGUGCUGCACUGCCAGCAUCUGGAACGUCACGGCCAUUGCCCUCGACCGCUACUGGUCCAUCACCCGCCACCUGGAGUACACGCUCCGCACCCGGCGCCGCAUCUCCAACAUCAUGAUUGCCCUCACCUGGGCGCUCUCUGCCUUCAUCUCUCUGGCCCCGCUGCUCUUUGGCUGGGGAGAGACUUAUUCAGAGGACAGUGAAGAGUGCCAAGUCAGCCAGGAGCCUUCCUACACUAUCUUCUCCACCUUUGGGGCUUUCUACCUGCCCCUCUGCGUGGUGCUCUUCGUGUACUGGAAGAUCUACAGGGCUGCCAAGUUUCGAAUCGGAUCGCGCAAGAGCAAUUCCAUCACCCCCAUUACACCAGAAGCAGUGGAGGUGAAAGAAGCUGCCCAGCAGCCACAGAUGGUCUUCACUGUCCGUCACGCCACUGUUACGUUCCAGACGGAUGGAGAGACGUGGAGAGAGCAGAAGGAAAAGAAAGCUGCCCUCAUGGUGGGCAUCCUUAUUGGGGUCUUCGUGCUCUGCUGGAUCCCCUUCUUCAUCACAGAGCUCAUCAACCCACUCUGCUCAUGUGACAUCCCACCCAUUUGGAAGAGCAUUUUUCUAUGGCUGGGCUAUUCAAAUUCCUUUUUUAAUCCACUCAUCUACACUGCUUUCAACAAAAACUACAACAAUGCCUUCAGGAACCUGUUCUUUAGGCAGUAGUGAGCAGAAAAAAGCUUUCCUGCUGCCCCAG